UGAUAGCUGCGUGACCUGAAUGCCUGGUCUUCUUUGCAUUUCUUACUAAAACAUUUACGUGGCGUAUUUCACCCAGUCAUUCACAGUCAUGGGAAUCUACCACAACAAAUCCAGAUGUAGGUACUGAUGGCCGCUAUGUCUGAUCCAGAGGGUGCAGACUCGUCUCAAGACGCCCCCAAACGUGAACGUCCUGGUGGAGGUGUUUGGGUGCCAAAGCCAGGCUCUUUACAUGCCCUAACAUUUGAUGUGACAGGAAUACUUAUUCGAUCGAACAGCGAAGUGCCCUGGUAUGAACGGCAUGCUGAAUGGAUCAAGAAACACGUUCAACAGAGGAAAUGUUCCGUGUAUUCGAGAUUUACAGAAGAAAAUGAGGAACGUUGCGUAUGUGGGCACUUGAAAGCUGAACACGAUGAAGAGGACAGCAAUAAGAAAUGGAAGAAGGAAGUCAAUACAUCGACGGACCCUUCCGAAUACUAUGGAACACUGCUUAUCAAACAACUAGUGAGGAGUACAAAUGAUAAGGCAGAAAAUGACAGUAGCGUCACCAAAGCCCCAGAUAGGGUUCCGACAGAAGAAUCGGGCCAUGCAUUGGAGUUCUUGCGCGUAGAUGAGGAUAUACCAAUGGGGGACAUCAAAUCUUUAUUGUUCAAUGUGUGGAACGUGAACAGGCCGAAGUGGAUAAUCUCACUGAUGGGAACACAAGAUGAACUAUUCACACGGUUGUCAAAAGCUGUGGUCAAAAGGGCACUGAAGAAACUAUGGGACAGAGCAGAUCUCUGCAUCGUAUCUGACGGCUUACACAAUGGAGUCUCAGAGCACCUUGUUGGUGCAAAGUCGCUGGAACGUAUUACAUCCAUAGGAUGUUCAUCUUGGGGUAUCUUGGGUGACCAUGAUGUUUUCAAAGGCAUGCAGGAGGACGAGGAUGGGUACAGGAAGAUGACGUACUUUCUCAAACAAGGAACAGAGGCGAUUACAGGACCAAAACAGAUUGGGACAAAUGUAUCUCACAUGUUUCUGGUUGAUAAUGGAACACGUCAGCCAUAUCUUUGUGAUUUGUCCACCAUGUCGUUCCGCGCGAGACUGGUUGCAAGUCUGGCAGCAUCCGAGGCUGGGACAGAAGUGGAAAUGGGUUCUGGCGCCAUUCCUGCAGUAGCCAUCCUACAUGGGGGAGAAUUGUCUCACCUGGAAGGACUAAAAAAUCACAUCCAGGAAAAUAUCCCUGUUGUGAUUAUCAAGGAAAGAGGGGGCAUAGCUGACGUGAUUUGUACUGCAUUUGAAGAAUCUAAACCAAUGUCUCGUGGAAAUAGAGGAAGAAACAGUGGAGGGAAUGGAACCGUUAUUGACGACACACUAAAGAAGAAAAUAAAAGAGGGACUCGUGAAGCAGUUUGGCGGGCGAGACACAACUGACGAGCAUGUCCAGAUCGUCAUCCAGUGCCUCCAGAGAAGAGAUCGCAUCACAGUUGUUGAAGGGGUCUUUAAUCUCUUUCAGGGAAUUAUCUCCGCCAUGACUAAGAGCAAGUCAAACGAAGACCUUAUCGCCUUAGUUGAUGAAUACCUUCCUUCGCCUGUCUACAACCGCCACACGAAGGACAAAAUUGAGAAAUUUGUCGACUCAAAGACAAGAAUGCACCAAAAUGUCACAGAUUUUGAGACUGUCCAAGAAAUCCUUGUGGAAGCCAUGGUUCACGAAAAGACCGAGUGUGUGGAGUUCCUGCUUGAUUAUGGCCUUGUUGACAUUACGAGUGUCGACCUCAUUGCACUGUACUCCAAGACAAUUGCAGAUCUUCCAAAUAAUGUUGCUCGGAUGUUCACAGAAACCAAGGAUGACAUGGAACUCAGACUGAUUGUUGAGUACAUCUUUAAAGGUUGGGAGAGAAAGGGGGUCCUCAAGAGAUUUUACGGAUUUCUCCACUGCCUGAAGUUUACAAUGGACAUCAAAAGACUAAACAAACUUCGGAUAUUCCAGCUGCCAGAUGAAGACAUGAAGAAGACCGUUGUUGACAUUGUCAAAGAUUCCUCGACCAAGGCCCAAGUAACCAGUAAGAUUACCAAGAUCCUAAAAGAAUGUCAGGCCCAGACUGAGCUGUCGAAGGCAUUUCGCUUUGUAAAUGAGGAAAGUGGUCAUGAAGAGGCAACAGAGUUAGAGACAUCAACACAGGAGAUCCCGUCAAAGGCGUGGAAAGGCUUCGAUUACACAUUACACGACACGGCCUCAGAAACAGAGAAACGUCUCUACGAUCCCAUUGCAGUUUUGAUGCGAAGAAUUACAUACGCCUACCUGCCAUUCAGCUGUUUCAUCGACGAUGGACACAUGAAACACAAUAUUGAUGAUGAUUUGGAAGUUGAGGAGGCGUAUCGGAGGUUAUUCGUGUGGGCAGUCCUCUCAAACAGGAACUCUCUGGCCCUGGCCUUUUGGAAACGGGGCAAGGAUCUUGUGACCGCGUCACUGGCUGCAGGAACUAUAAUGGACACUAUUGCACAAGGGACUUUCAAUAACAAAAAGAAAGCUCUGAGAGAAGAAAGUUCCAAAUUCUAUAGGUCGCACGCCACCGGAACACUGGCUGCAUGCUACAGAGAUGACAAGGAGAAAACUGUUCAUUUGGUGGAAAGAAACAUAUCAACGAAUUGUUGGAACAUUGAUUUUCUUGCCCUUGCCUUUGAAAAACAGAAUAACAGCAUCUUCAUAAGUGAAGGGAUGGCAUACUACACGUACUCAAAGUGGAUGGGAGAUAUUCCAAAGAAAACAUCAACAUGGAGAAUUGUUGUUUGCGCCAUUCUUCCCUUUCUGAUGUGGAUCCUCAUCGGGACACAACCCAUGAAGAAGACUCCGAACCCGACAACGAUUGGAGGAAAAUACAGUUCGGACCCUGUGGAUAGAGAAAGCUCGCCCAGGGUCGGAAUCUGCGGACGACUUGGAAGGUUUUACAGUACACCAAUUGUCAAGGUCAUUUUGAAUCUGAUCGUGUACUGUGUAUUCCUCGGCUUGUAUGCGCACUUGCUGUUGAACAAGCUGGAGGAGGACUACAAGCGAAGGUGGGAAAUACCUCUUCUUAUCUGGAUGUCAGCCUUCCUUCUUGAAGAGAUGAUUCAGGUUUUGCAGUUUGCAGUAGAAAGAAACGAAUUCAUAGCCUUGAACCGUGGACCAAACUCAGGGUGUUUGAACCGUCUGAAGUCAGCGGUGUGGUUGCUAAACAAACACAUUAAAAUAUAUUACCAGGACAAAUGGAACAUGCUUGACAGCUUGUGUAUUAUUGGGUUUAUCAUUGGGUACACGUUACGUAUAUUGCCUGUGUUUUUCAAUGAGUACAAGGAAAUGCACCUGUUCGGUUACGGGAGGCUUUGCCUCAGCAUCAAUUUCAUGUUCUUCUUCUGGAGAUUGCUUCAAGCCUGUACGCCCAGCAAGUCAAUCGGACCCAUGCUGUACAUGGUCUUCAGAAUGGUUACGGAUCUCAUCCCUUUCCUUGUGAUCUUCUUCGUGGCCAUAUGUUCCUAUGCCGUUGCCUCUGAAGCGAUCCUUCACCCACCCGGCCGAAAUAUAUUUGACAGCCCAUCGUUCGUCUUUGACUUUGGCAAGGGAUUUUGGCAGAUAUUCGGAGAGCUCUUUUUGGAUGAAAUCAAGGGCGUCGGCGAGAAAUGCGAUGGGAGCUGCAUACCUAACGCUGGAAGAAUAUGGGUGCCAUUAAUGCUCGCAGUAUACAUGAUCAUGACGCACGUUUUGCUCUUGAACAUUGUGAUUGCACUGUUCAACCACAUCUUUGAAGAUGUUAGACAGAAAGCUGAUGAAAUAUGGGCCUGGCAAAAGUGUCGUUUAAUGGUUGAGUAUGACAGAAAACCACCACUUCCUUUACCGUUCUCGAUCCUGUGGAGACUUGGAAGUUUGGCAAAGAAACUCACGUUUUGCAUCCUAUGCAUAAAGAGAAAGGACAAGCGAAAAGGCCUGGAGGAGGAUAAUAGUGUCAAUCUUCGGGAAAUUAGACAGCAUAUAGACACAACAGGUGAAGAUACACACGAUGGCGAAAGUCACGAAUAUUAUUAUUAUGAAAACAUCUGGGAUGAAAUAGAAGAAGAUCCAGAGGGUUAUGGUGAUCCAUAUGAAGAUGGGGGUGGAACUGUCAAAUCUAACAACGCAGUCAGUGGUUACGAAGACCCAUAUCAGUACCUUUCUGCUGAUUGUGAGAUUGAAUCCAAUGAUGAUAUAUUCGCCGAAGGGGAGCAACAACUUGAAGAUUCACUAGAUGUAUUCGAGAGAGCGAACGCAGAAUUCUACAUGCAAACUGAGCAGUCAAAGGAUUGACCUUGGUGGGGCAGGAUAUGCUCACCUUUUCGCCAACACCUGGUGUUACCACUGAUUUUAAGUGAUUCAGUCAUAUACUUUGCAACGCUAUUGUUUUGUAUUUUACGCCCAGUGGAAUCUGUUUCUGCAGAUCAUCGAGACUGAUCAUUCUCUGGCAUUCUAUGAAAGCAAGCUUGUGCCUUCAAUUUCUGUGAAGUCAGAUUGUCAAUUCCCUUUUCAAACUAUUCAUUUAAAGAGCACCAAUGUUGGUAUCCUACUCAUCCGACAUUAUUUAACAACAGGCAGCAAUGUUUAUUCAUAUCUUAUUAAUGAUUUCUGAUGAUUAUAGAAAGGGUUUUGACGCAUUUAUUGAAUAUGUAUGAGCUUAGUUCAUCUGCGUUGGUAGUUGCGGAAAAUGCAUCUUUUAGUCAAUACAGUAAUUACAGCCUUUAGGUGAAGGGAUACGUCCAAAUAGAAAAUCGAACCAUAUCCAUAACCAAGGAUGUUUACCUCAACAAACGAAGCUAUUCCAAUACAUGGAGCUCACACAAUAUUUGUACUGUUUUCAUGAUCAUGCUUUGCAUUAGAAUAGUUAUAAUAGAAUAGUUUACAUUUUAAUAAUUAAAUAGCCAAGCUUGACAUAUACGCCAGUUAAGGUAUGUAAAAUUACUUAUGUUUUAUUUCCAAAGUUGAUGUUUGACUGUGUAUAUUUAGAUUACAAAGAUAUAGACAUGUGAACCUCUGUAAUAAUUACAUAACUCACUCUUGAUUCUGACAAGAAAAGUCAAUGUUGAAAUUACAUGACAAGCAAAUGCAUAAAAUGCAAGUCAACUGUAUCAAAUGUGUUUUUAGUCGUGCAUUAUUUAAUAACCUAAACGUGUAAUAAAUCGACAUAAAUCGUCCAGAUAAGAAAUAUAUGUUCUUCUGCCCUGAUAUUUGUCAACAUCGCUUAUAUUCUGUUCGUAGUUAAUACAACACAUCUAUCAGGGAUAUAGGCCACGUUUACUUCUAUUUUCGUUUUGAAUGCAUGUGACUAACCCGUACUUGUGUGGGUAUUGAAUACUUUUCAUUCUCUCCAAAGAAUUUUAAUAAUUCUGCUGUGAAGCCAUUGGGCCCAGGACCGCAUUUCAUAUCGACGUACGUUACUUCACCUUUGCGCACUUUCCUCAAUUGAGACAUAAUGAUCCUUUAACAAUUCUUAAAAUGUAUUCUUCUUGUAUAUUGUUUGCUGUAUAGUUUGCGAAAAGACGUUCUAGUUUUAACUAGUGUUAGUUGUCUUUUUGUUGUUUUCUUCUAUCACAACAAAUGUUUUUUUUGUAAAAGAAAUGACAUGCUUACUUACAAUACUAUUUUGUCAUCACUAUCCUUUUUCUGUCCAUGUGGCUUCUGCUGUCACCAUGAUACCUUAUAAAAUACUAAAUACUAAUAUACUAUAAUUUACUAGAUAGAUGUACAAAAUGCUGUCUUUGACUUACACGUGUGUCAACAACCAGGCUCCAGCUUAUCUCUCCACUCUGCUCCAGCUUCAUAAUCCACCAAGAACUCUUCGAUCAGCAAUUCAACACCUGCUAUCUUUUCCUCAGUAUAGACUUUCCAGCUAUGGACUAAAUACUUUCAGUGUAGCUGCCCCAAAGUUAUGGAAUGAUCUUCCACUUGAGAUUAGACUUUCCUUAACAUUUCAGACAUUCGAAGCAAAACUAAAGACAAAUUGGUUCAAAAAUGCUUUCCAGAGUGACAUUUGAAUGUAGCGCUUUGAGCAUGUUCUCUACAUGGAUGCUAGCGCUUUUUAAGUACACAUUAUUAUUAUUAUUAUUAUUAUUAUUAUGUGCGUGUUGAUGUUUCUCAAGUCAUCCUGUAAAUUAUGCUUGAUGUCAAUAUGUUCUGAUUUGUUCAUUUGCUGCACGAUGCUUUUAAGUUAGUACAAGUUAUAGAAAUACAUUGACAGAUGAAAUACAAAGUUAUAUGUCUGACUCUCG